GUAAUUGCAUGGUCAGCAGUGGACGCCAGUGCCAGUCAGUGUGAUCCUCUGACGAGCAAUGAAACGGAUGAGUUCGAAAGUGAAGCGAAACGGAGGCGAUAUGAGUGGGGAACUGCGAAGUUCGCAUUCGAUGUGCUGGCUAGUGAUAAAAUUGGUCCUCGUCGUAAUUUGCCACCUGCACAUCACCAUCUAUGUGAAUCUGUGCCCUGGGCUAUCAAGUUACGAGCAAGUAUUGUGAUAAUUUACCACAACGAAGCACUUUCGGUGUUGAUCCGCAUGCUCAACAGUAUCUUCGAUCGAACGCCAUCACAUCUAAUUGAGGAAAUUAUCCUUUACGAUGACUGCAGUGACUAUGAUACUUUGCUCGUCAAUCACAUCAACAGUUACGGGAAGCAUGUUCAAUGGCCAAUGCAAAAGAUCGUAACACGUCGAAGUGAACAACGAUUAGGGCUUAUUAAAGCUAAGGUUAGACUCAGAAUUAUGAGGGAUAAUCAGUUUAUCACUUUUCUGGACGAUCCCAGAUUUCGCUACAAGUUAGCACCUUAA